AUGCUUCGCCUGCCAACCCUCUUCUCCCCGAAACCCCUCAUCUUCCGCCUCCUCGCAGCAGCGGAGGUCCGCUUCGCCCACCGGCGGGCCGCGAAGCCAGCGCCGCCCAUUCCGCCGCCCACCCCUCCUCGGCCGCCGCAGAAGCCCGUGCCCUUCACCGUCCAUGGCGUCACCUGGCACGACCCCUUCAGCUGGAUGUCCAACCUCUCUGACAACGUCGCGAUGCGCCACAUGGACGUGUACAUUGAGCAGGAGGAGAAGUACACGGAGGCCGUCCUGGCCACCACCGGCGCCGACCGGCUCCAGCGCAAGCUCCAGAUAGAGAUGGCCCCGAGAAUGGCUUCCGAUCUCUGCACUCCGCCCGUCCGGUGGGGCCCCUGGCUCUACUACCGCCGUAUGGAAGAGGGGAAGCAGUACCCGGUGCUGUGCCGGAGGUUGGCCCGCCUCCACGAGGAGUUCAUCUCUUACAGUGAGCCCUCGGCCGGGUUCGAUUACACCACCGGGAAAAGGAUCGAGCAAAAGCUGCUCGAUUAUAAUCAAGAAGCUGAGCGGUUCGGAGGUUACUCUCAUGAAGAAUUAUCUGAAGUGUCCCCAGAUCAUCAUUUUCUUGCAUAUACUAUGUAUGACAAAGAUAAAGACUGCUUCACCUUAUCCGUUAGGGAUUUGACUACGGGUUCACUUUGUGACAAACCUCGAGCUGAUCGAGUAGCAAAUUUGUCAUGGGCAAUGAAUGGCAAGGCAUUGCUUUACACAGUCACAGACAAUGAGAAAAGACCAUAUCGGAUCUUUUGUAGCAUUCUUGGAUCCGGUAAGGAUGAUAUUCUCAUUCUCGAAGAACCUGAUAAGGAUGCAUAUGUAAACAUCAGAAACACCAAAGACUUUCAGUUUGUAACUGUAAAUACCUUUUCUACCACUUAUUCAAAGGUAUACUUGAUAAAUGCAGCUGAUCCCUUCUCUGGUAUGACAUUAGUCUGGGAAUCUGAACCUCAUGUUCAUUGUGCUAUUGAGCAUCAUCGAGGAUACAUAUAUUUAUUAACAAAUGCUGCAAGAGGAGGCGUAGCUGUUGAUUCACAUUAUCUUCUCCGUCGUAUUGCUGAAGCUUCUGGUUCAAACAAUUGGGAGAGUAUACUUCUUGAGGAUCCAGGUGCUACCAUAGAGGAUGUCGAUUUUUGUGACACUCAUAUGGUGCUUAUUCUAAAGGAGGGCAAAACAUUUAGACUUUGCUCCAUUCCGCUACCUUUGCCUGUGGAUUUUAAAGAACCCGUGCAUCUAGCAGCCCUCCGUCCAAGCUACUUAGCUCUUCCAAAGCAUGUCUGUCAGAUCUCACCUGGGCCCAAUUAUGACUACUAUUCCUCAACAAUGCGAUUCAUAAUAUCCUCACCUGUGAUGCCUGAUGCUGUUGUUGAUUAUAACUUAUCAGACGGGAAGUGGUGCAUAGUACAGCAACAGAACAUGCUGCAUGAGCGAACAAGAACAUUAUAUGGCACAGCUUCUGUUGCCAAUAAUAUAAACAAAUCUUCAUUCUCACAGAGCUUUGGCACCAUACAUGAAGUUAAUGAUCUGGAUAAUAUGUGGAAUGAGCUUUCUGAGUUUUAUGCUUGUGAAUACUAUGAUGUUUCUUCAAAUGAUGGAGUUUUAGUCCCCUUGACUGUUGUAUACUCAAGAAAGCACAAGCAAGAGGGCAAUCCAGGCUUACUUCAUGGACAUGGUGCGUAUGGUGAGUUAUUAGACAAGCGUUGGCGAAGUGAACUAAAAAGCCUUCUUGACCGUGGUUGGAUCAUUGCAUAUGCUGAUGUCAGGGGUGGUGGUGGAGGUGGUAAGAAGUGGCACCAUGAUGGCAGACGUACUAAAAAGCAAAACUCAAUCAAUGAUUUUGUUUCAUGUGCUGAGUUUCUAGUUAACCAAGGUAUUGUGAAAGAAAACAGCCUUGCUGCUUGGGGAUAUAGUGCUGGUGGGCUUCUGGUUGCCUCAGCAAUUAAUACUCGUCCAGAUUUAUUCCGAGCUGCAGUUUUGAAGGUUCCCUUUUUAGAUGUCUGCAACACACUUCUUUACCCUAUUUUACCUCUCACUCCUGUUGAUUAUGAAGAGUUUGGUUACCCUGUGGAGCUUGAGGAUUUUCUCGCCAUCAAGAAGUAUUCACCUUAUGAUAAUAUUCAGAAGGAUGCCCUUUACCCAUCUGUAUUGGUGACAUCAUCUUUCAUUACUAGGUUUGGCUUUUGGGAAGCUGCUAAAUGGGUUGCAAAGGUACGUGAUCACACCAUAUAUGACCCACAACGUCCGAUACUGCUAAAUUUAACAACAGAUGUAGUUGAGGAAAACAAGUAUUUGGAGUCCAAAGAAUUGGCAUUGGAGACUGCUUUUCUUAUCAAAAUGGGAACAGAUAGCUAAAAUCUGGGCCAUUAUAUGCAUCUCAUAGCUAAAAGUUGGGCCAUCCCGUGCAUCUCUUGAGAGCUGAAACUUCCGAAGCUUAUGGGAUGCUGGUGUUUCAUGAAAAGUCAUCCUUUGAAGGGUAUCAUAUUGCAAUCCCAAAUAACAGUGCUUCUGCUGCUAAGUUAUUUUUAUCGAUGGCUUGAUUUUGGUGCUCUAUUCAGCCCAAAAUUGUUAUAGAAAAAGAUAAGAAUUUAUUUCUCUACUUAUGAUUCGAUCUGGAAGUUGGACUUUGGAAAGUUUCCUUCUCUUAUGAAGGUAAUUGGUUCGUCAUCGCCGUCGCCGUCGUCGUCAUCAUCAUCGAGCCCUUUUCUUGCCAUAUGUCACUAAAUUGAGUUAGUCGGAUGAAGGCAAUUGGCUCUUUCUGCAGGAAGUGUUGAAAUUGAUGUGAGAAGUUAACUGAAUCUGCAUCAUAUAUUUAUUUAUAGAGUAGUGACUAAAGCUUUUUUUUCGCAAAAAAAAUAAAUUGCCCAGUGAUGCUGUUUCUCAUGUACAAUCAUAACAGGGUUAUUUUCUUGAAUUAUGGCAGCAUACAGUUUUCUUAGUUUAUAGAGGGCUGGCGCAGGUUUUUUAUGUAAAAUAUAUGUAAUGUAUGCUUGGCCCUUGAUGUUUUAUUUAAAGAAAGAAAACAUCAAUAGGUUAUUAAAUAAUAAUUCAAGGUCAAAUGUGUAUACCGUUUGUGGCCA